CUCACUUCCCUCCCGCUCUUCAUUCACCUCCAAAAUCCCUUUUCCUUUUCCAUUUCCAUUUCCCUCUUCUCUCUCCCUGUUUACUUGUUCACACACUGAAACACUUUAGUGUGUGAGAAAAUGGCUGUAACUAAGAUACUCUGCAUUGCUGCUACUCUUCUCUGUUUUCUCACCGCCGUCAAUGCAAAAAUCCCCGGAGUUUACACCGGCGGCCCCUGGCAAGGCGCCCAUGCCACCUUCUACGGUGGCUCCGACGCCUCUGGCACUAUGGGUGGAGCUUGUGGAUAUGGAAAUCUGUACAGCCAAGGGUACGGAGUGAACAAUGCAGCACUAAGCACAGUCCUAUUCAACAAUGGACUAAGCUGUGGAGCUUGCUUUGAAAUUAAGUGUGUUGAUGAUGGAAAAUGGUGCCUUCCCGGUAACCCGUCCAUUUUCGUCACGGCUACAAACUUUUGCCCACCAAAUUUUGCUUUGCCGAACGACGACGGUGGGUGGUGUAACCCACCCCGUCCUCAUUUUGACUUAGCUAUGCCUAUGUUUCUCAAAAUUGGUCAGUACCGUGCCGGGAUUGUCCCUGUCACUUACCGCCGAGUACCAUGCAGAAAAGCAGGAGGGAUCCGAUUCACAAUAAACGGGUUCCGUUACUUCAAUUUACUAUUGGUGACAAACGUGGCAGGUGCAGGGGACAUUCAGAAGGUUCUUAUUAAAGGCACAAACACACAGUGGAUAGCAAUGAGCCGAAACUGGGGGCAAAAUUGGCAAACCAAUGCUGUUCUUGUGGGCCAGGCCUUGUCCAUUAGGGUUAAAGCCAGUGACCAUCGCAGUGUCACCUCGACCAACGUGGCACCACCUAAUUGGCAGUUCGGACAAACCUUUGAGGGCAAAAAUUUCCGGGUCUAGAAUAUCACUAACCCGACCCGAAAACAACGAGCAGAAUUACUUAAAAGUUAUACCACAAAAUUUUAAGAAGAAAAAAAUUCCUACGUCUGAUUUUUCCUAGGCUUCAGUGUUUCUCUUUUUUACUGGGAAAUUUUGAAGUCUGAGGGGGAAGUAGUAUCUUCUUUGUCAACUAUUGUUUUUUCUUUUUUCUAUUACUUUAGUGUCUUUUUGUUAUGAAGUGGUGUGAUGGUAAAAGUGAAAAAGAUAAUGGAGGCUGAAGCGGCUGCAAAAGCACCCCAAAAAGAAUAGGGUAAGCAUGUAAGCCCGCAGCUCUAUUUGCAUGUUAGUAGUGAUGUGUAAUGGAACAUCAUAUGUUUCCUAUGAAUACGAAGAUAAUAUACUUUCUAUUUUAUAUA